UCAUGCCAUUGCCAUCCUUCGUGCCUUGAAUCGCCCUCCUGCAUUGUUCUCUCACCUGCUCGCGCCGUCUGCUCGCUUCGACCCCAGUUCCACACUGCAUCAUCCCUGCGCCCCUCGCGAACCACACGUCAAAGAGCUGCGAGCGACAACCCCUCACCACGACCUCAAUGUCGCUCCCUCCCGACUACUCUAAUGAGAUAUCUGCCCUCAACCGCGAAGUCCUGAAAGCAAAGCCCCAAGACGUCCUCCAGUUCUGCGCAAACUUCUUUCUGCGCCGUCUAGAGUCGCAGCGUGCCGAGUUCCUGCUCUCCCAGCACCAUUCCAGCCAGAAAGGCGGUGGCAUGGCCGAGAGCACCUUUCCCGGCAACAACCCCUUUGGCACACCACCCAGCGCUGGCCUUGCAACUAGUGGCAUGCACCGCCUCGAAGAAGAGGAAGAAAACGACACCAUCGCUUCACCUACCGCAGCAUCCUUCGCGCCUUCCGACAUGGACAAGGCCCAAUCAAGCACCAAGGGCGACAGCACCUUCGGCAACUUCGCGUUCGGCGGUUCUGCGAAGUCGUCCAGAGCGACGGCACCAACGGCCAUCAGCGCUAUGGACAAUCAGAGCUUCCCCAGCAAUUAUAACAUGAACAGGCGCACCUCCGUCUCCGCCGAGUCCCUCAACCCCGCCUCCUCCCUUAACGACAAUUGGACCCCACCGUAUCAUCACAAGUCCGCAGAUCAACAGAAUCGCCUGAAAGCCGCAGUUGCCGGCAACUUCCUCUUCUCCCACCUCGACGACGAACAGUCGGCACAAGUCUUAGGUGCACUGCAGGAGAAGCCAAUACCAACAAAGGGGAUUAAAGUCAUUCAGCAAGGCGACGUGGGGGACUACUUCUACGUGGUCGAGAAUGGCUCCUUUGACAUUUACAUUAAUAAGUCAGGAAAGCUGGAAGCUGGUCCCGACGGGCUCGGGACAAAAGUAGGCAGCGUUGGCCUAGGCGGUUCAUUUGGUGAACUUGCCCUAAUGUAUAAUGCCCCUCGCGCUGCGACGAUUGUGUCGACCGAACAAUCCACUCUGUGGGCCUUGGAUCGUGUAACAUUCCGCCGCAUUCUUAUGGACAGCGCCUUCCAGCGACGCCGGAUGUACGAGGGCUUCCUCGAAGAAGUUCCUCUUCUCUCAUCCUUGACACCAUAUGAACGCUCCAAAAUCGCCGACGCUCUCGAAACCCGAAAGUAUCCCGCAGGCACCACGAUCAUCAAAGAAGGCGACGUGGGCGAGUCUUUCUACAUCCUCGAAUCUGGAGAGGCCGAGGUCUAUAAGCGUGGGGUAGACAAGGCUGUCAAUCGAUACAAGAAGGGAGACUAUUUCGGUGAACUAGCAUUGCUCAACGAUGCUCCCCGCGCAGCUUCUGUUGUUAGUACUUCAGAAGUGAAGGUCGCGACCCUUGGAAAAGACGGCUUCCAACGACUCCUCGGGCCUGUGGAGGGUAUCAUGAGGCGGAACGAUCCAAGCAAAUCCGGCGUGGUGGGCGACGGUGAUAGCGUCGAUCCUCUAGCCAAGGGAGCAUGAGGAUCGCGGUAAAAUACUGUUUCUGCAGACCGGGUUUUUGGUAUGGUUGCUUCGGUGUGGGUAGAGUGUAUGGUAACAGGCGGGUUUCAUCAAUUGGAUAGGGCCUGGGUGAGAGACCUAGUGUGGUUUCGAAUUGCUUGAGCGGAGGAACCCAAGAUUCUCGUUGAAUUCUUGCUCUCACUGUUCCUAGCGUUUCCGCAUGUAUUCCUACUCUUCCCUACUAUCACUAAAUAUCGCUUAUCGCAGGGAAAAGGAGGUAGGAGUGGAUAAUCUCGGGCAAGGCUGGGGUUUUCGUGGGCUGGUCAAUUACCUAUACUCCA